AAAAUAAAUAAUCGAAGCUUUCAUGUAAACUAAAUCAAAGAUACUUACACGUAAACAUUUAUAAAAAUAUUUUUUUCAUUCAAACAUUUUAAAUACCCCCGUUGCCAUUAUUAGAGGACUUUAAGUGUGUUGUAGAUUUCAUUUAGCGAGUCAACGAAAAGAAUAUUAAAAGAAUUACAGCGAUAAUUCCGAUUUCUUUAUUAAUACCAUAAAUACAAUUGUUGUUGCAAACACAAAGCAUGAAUGGUAUGACGAGUAAAAAAUGCAGUACAUCCUGUGAUGUUUUUUUUUAAAAGUUAUAAAAAAAUGAACCAUUUAAAAAUUUUGAGUAUAAAGAAAGAAUACAAGUAUGCUUAAUGUUUAAAUUUGUUUUUAAAGAAAAACAUGGAUAAAAACGACACAAAAAGUAAUAAAAAUAACGAUCUAUUUGCACAAAACCGAAAAAGCUGGACUCCAAGAGCAUCAUCUGAAAAAAAGCAAAAUGGUUCUAACUUAAAAAUUGGAAAGGAUAAUGGAAGGGUAAAAGUAUAUGUCAGAAUUCGUCCUUUUUUAAAGGACGAAGGGAAGAACAAUGAGAUGGCUUUUGAGAUUUCGGAAAAUUCACAGUUAAAAGUUGCAGCAGAUGAAAGAGGUUUUCCUGAAAAAAACUACAACUUUGAUCACAUUUUUCAUCCUAACAAAACAAAUGAGGAGGUAUGCAAAGUACUCACAGAGCCUCUCAUGCAAGCUGCAACAAAUGGAUUUAAUGGCACGCUUAUGGCAUAUGGUCAAACUGGGUCAGGUAAAACUUAUUCGCUUAUGUCGGACACCGGAAUAACAAGAAGCUUGAUUGAUCGUUGUUUUGAGCAUAUACAAAAAGAUUUGAAGCAUUCUUAUAAGGUAAACGUGUCCUACUUACAAAUCUACCAAGAAAAAAUAUAUGAUCUUUUAAAUAAUCAUGGAAAAGGUGAACUAGCAAUACGAGAAAAUCCAAAAACCGGAGUUUAUGUUGAAAAUAUGACGGAAUAUGUUGCCAGAAGUCCCGCAGAAGUUAUAGAGUUAAUAGAUAGCGGGAAAAAAAGAUUAGUGUUUGCGGAAACCAAGAUGAACAGAACGUCUAGUAGAUCUCACGCAGUGCUGCAAAUGACAAUUGAAAGACAACUUAAUGAAGAUUUAAAAGAAAAAGAAAAUCCAAAAGAAAUAAUGACACCACUGCAACCUUGUGACUCAUCUUUUAGUUUGGAUCUGGAUUUACUUGGAAAAGGUGUCAUUAUAAAAGGAAAAAUACACAUAUGUGAUUUAGCAGGCAGUGAAAGGAUUAAACGCACCGGUGUAUCAGGGGAAAGAUUGAACGAGGCUCAACAUAUAAAUUCAUCGCUCUUGGAGUUAGGUAAUGUGAUUGCUGCAUUAGCUGAUGAAAGUGCAUCGCAUAUUCCUUUUCGAAAUUCUGUACUUACUCGAUUACUACAAGAAAGUUUGGGAGGAAAUUGUAAAACAAGUUUAGUGGUUUGCAUUUCACCUGCUUUUCAAGAUUUACAAGAAACAAAAUGCACUUUGAAUUUUGGACAACGUGCAAUGAAAGUUAAAAAUACUGCUUAUGUAAAUAUGGAAGUUGAUUUCAAAAGUCUUUCUGACCAACUUCUUAAAAAACUUGAAGCAAAAGACGAAGAAAUUGAUUUAAUUCGCCGGCAGUGUAAUGAAGAAAUACAACUUAAGUGUAGCCAUUUGCAAGAAGAAAUAUUAAGAACAAAACUAGAUCACCGUGAAGAAAUGAAACUACAUAAGAAAAAUUUUGAAGAUAAGACAACAGCAUUAAAUAAAGAAAUUACAGCAUUGGAGGAAAAACUAUCUUUAAAAAGAAAUGAAGUUGUAAGGUAUGAAGACUACAUAUUAAGCUUGAAUGAUCAAAUGGAAAAUGAAAAACGUUUGGUAAUAGCUGGAAUUGAUGUUGAUUCGAUACUAGAAGGCUUCCGUAUGCCACAACAUAUUGAAGUUUUUAAAAAAAAAGACAUUGGUGGUUUUUUUGAAAUUAUUCGAAUUUUAAUACAACAUAUCAAAGAGAUUGAAACGAUACUUUCUAGUCAACCCAGUAUAAUGGUUUCCACUCUAGAACGUCUGAAACGCAGUUUAAUUGCCGUUAAAAAUGAAAACAACCUUUUAACUGAAAAAAAAGGUAUAUUACUUCAGAAACUAUUUGAUGGAAAGGAAAAUUUAAACGGUUUACUCAAAAUCGUAUCUGCGUUUGAUGAAUCUUAUAGAGAGCUUCAUCAGUUGGUUUACAAAUAUUUUUUGAAAAGCUAUCUUCAGAAAAUUAUCGCAUUUGCUGAACAUUUUUCUUACCAAAUUGAAUACUCUAUUUUAUCAAAGUUCAACAAGAGUUUAUCAAACGAAAUUGCUCAAAUAAAAUCUAAUUCCACUUUAGAAAAUCAUUAUGAAUUAAAGGGAAAAAGUACAAAAGAUUCUUUUACUAAACAUAGAGACAAAACUAAUUUCACUAUGAGAGAUGUGGAAAUACAAACAAGCGAAUGCCCUAAAAGAACUACAAACAGUGUUGGUAUACAAGUCAGUAAAAAAGAUAUUAAAUCAGUAACUGCAAAUCCCUCAAGCUGUGAACCGUUUUCUGUUACAACAACUGAAAAUACAAGUUAUAAUAACGUUAGCACUUUAAAUGUAUUAGAGCCAGUUGCCUAUUUGUCACCUAAAAGAGUACUUACUACAACAGUGGAAAACCAAGAAAAAAUAGUCACAGAGAUUGCAACGGAAGAUAUACUAGAUAACCCACUGUCUAUAGAAGAUACAAAAUCUAUAUUUUUAAACUUUUCUUCCACACUUGAUAGAAUCGAGGGUCUUGUUCAGAGUGAUCGGAAAACAAAGUUGGAUUCUUUAAAAUCAAAGCUUAACAUGUAUUCGUCUAAACCGAACUCAGGUAAAACGUCUUUAUUAGGUUUUGGAGAAUCUUCAGUUACUGGCAAUAAUUCUAAAUCUUAUACUGAAUCAUUUAACUUAUACAUGAAAAAUCGCAAUUAUGAGGAUGAUAUGACAAAAAAUUACCGAGAAGAAACAAGUGGUGACUUAAGAAAACUCGUUUCAAUUGAAAUGGAAAGCAAAGCAUUGCAAAAUAACUGCAAAGCGUUAGAAAUUGAAAUUGAACAGGUUCGUAAAGAUAAUCAUGAAUACUUACAACUUUUGCAAGAUUUAUCUCACAUUAAUGUAUUUACUAAUCAUUUAUCUGAUGUCAAGAAACAGAUACAGCAAAAAUGUGACCGAAAACCGCAAGCUACACAAACCGAUGAUACAUUUGAUAAAAAAGAACCAAAUAAGUUUAACAACAGUCAAAAAAUUACAGCCCACAUCAAGCCACUUCAAAGCAACAAUAGGUCUUAUUCUCCUGGUAGUUUUAUUAAUUUAUCAUAUGAUAUGAGCGAAAAUGAUACCUUGACAAACAUUUCUACUGUUUUUGAAAUAUCUGAUCAAACUUACUUACAUAAAAAUCAAAAUGGGAGUUCUAGAAGAGCUUGGGAUAUAAAAUCUCCUUCUAGAGAUAAUCUUUCACCAAUACCAAAUAAUGAAAUCGAAUUUAAACAAGCAGCACCUCCAUAUCUACAAAAUGUAUUUUCUAGAUUGCGGAAUAAAAGUAUUGAUGAACACAAGCCUCCCCGAGCCCGUCCUACAACUUGGUAUGGUACUAACCAUUAUGAUGAAAACCUUUUAAAAGACAAUAGUUUAAAUUUAGAUGAAUAUGACUUUGAAAUUAACAGCAAAAAUAGUUGGCUGCGUAAUGGACGAAACACAAACGUAUAAAAGAUUGCGGUUAAACCAACAGCCAUAGCUUUAACAAACAGAGCUUGGUUCUUCUAGGUCCAAUAUAAAUAUUAAAUUACUUCCCUUAUUUGUUAUUCUGCUAUUUAAAGUUAACAAGUAUUGUAACAAUAAAUAGAUUUUAAAUUAUUUUAAUCACUUGUAUAAUAAUGUAUUUAGUACUUUUAUUUAAAAACAUUUUGAAAUAAA